AUGGCAGAGGCAAUUCCGACAAGCCUCACUGGCAAGGCAUACGAGCGAUUCGUGAUUAUUACAACACUACUCCAUCUGAUUGACCCCGUACGUGGUGAGCCCACCACUUAUAGCCUCGAUAGGCAUCCCCACGAUGAUUUCUGGAAGCACGAGCAGCACCAGAGAAAGUUCCUCGACUCGUUCGCUUUGGUAUCUCCGACAUCAAGGAUAGGCGGCAAGACUGCUUCAGCAGUAUGUUUGGAGCAGGGCCAUCCAGGCGGGACUGUCCUUCGACUCGCCAGGAAUCUGGGCGCUCCGGAGGAACUGCUCAACCAACUGCAAGAUAUUCUUACCGAUCUCGCAGCAGUUUCUCUGAGGGAUAAGAAACCGUACGACCUCGAGCCUGUGGUGUUGCGAAAGGUCGUUGUCCUUACUCAAGACAAGAUCCGCGCACUCGUGGAGAAGAUGAACCUUCCGGAAGUCAGACAUACCAUCGAUCGUGCUAUCCAAAGGAUGGACCAGAUACGCUCGGAUGACGUUGAAGAACUGGGUUUUAGAGAAUGGGUCCGUAACAUGCCAUUCCUGGCGUCUCUCGAUGCCGGAACUCAUUCUGAUCAGCUCAUUCCGCAUGUCAAGUGGGCAUCGCGCGGUAGAUGGAUGUAUUCCGAGCAGCUUGAAGGGCUCUUCGGGCUGGAGGAUGGGUCGUUGCCCAUAUGGUUGAAGUACGUCUAUAAGUUAGGGCGAUACUUUGCUGCAACCAAGGCGAUGCUCAAGUUGGCUGUCAAACAGCCAGACAUUUUCACCGGCAUACACAUCGAAGCCAUCAAAGCACCGGAGCAGGAGGAAUUCUCUCUAGGCACGCAAAAGGAACCGCUCUUGACAAUGCUCAAGAAAAUUGCCCCAAGCGAUCCCAUAGCUUUGAGGGAGAAAUUAGGUCAAACCUGGCUGACAACCGACCCCGAGACGAAAUUACGACGAGCUUGCAAGAUGACACUUGUUGUGCAUGCUGAAAUGCAGCUGCUCAGCUUUUACGACCACCAUCCUGACCUGACACCCAGGCUGUUGUUUAUGGGUACUAGCAAGAAGGCUUGCUAUCUCUGCAACGAGUUCAUGUCCCGCCAUCCCCUCAACAUUGGAGUAUCGGCAAGCCACCAGAAAAUUUACCCAGCCUGGAUGUCACCGCCAUGCCAUGCUUCCAUCAGGAAGCAGCAGAAAGUCCGGCUCUGGGAGCUCAGCCGACAUCUGGAACAAGCGGCUGUGCGUGACCUCGAGACGAGACUGGGAACCCGCCGACCAAUGACAAUGGACUCAACAGCGGGGCCGUCACUUACGACGACGGGAACGAUCUCGUCGGGAUUCUGGUCCCGCGAUUCGAAUUUGGGCGAGCUCGAGACAGAUGAGGAGUCAGUAUCCUUCAUCACACAAAGUAUGAAGUCUACGGCAGUCCAAGAAGACGGGGCUGAGAGGCAAGGUUAUGGCAUCCAGAACAGCUAG